CACGAGGCGACGUGCGUAGGUUUUCUUCGCGGCCGCUCAAUGUUUUGGCGCGACAUGCGGUAAAAUGAUUGUGUGGGCGUUUUGUGACAGUGGACGUCAUUUUUAGUUUGUGUCUUCAUUUUCGUCGAUUCUGAAUGUGCAAAAUGUGUAUGUGACGCUGGAAGUGACGCCUCGUUUCUCGGUGGUCAGGGAAUGCCGUUCACCAAGUUCUUGGAUUUUAUCUACUCCAGCGCUGGCUAACGGUUGGUGACCCAGUGGGAUACUUGCGCAUCAGCCCACACAAGGACUAUUUGCAUCCGCGUAGGCGCCUCGCAUCUCCAUCCAUUGCAGCCUCCAACAGGUACAACCACCUAUACUCGUCUCGCUUCUCAGAAUGUCUUGCUAAAUAAGGUUGCCUGACAAGCGCGGGAUACAAUGAAGUUGUCGUCGUCUUCGCUAGGUGUGGUCGUUCUAGCAGUUGCGGUGAAACUCUGUUGGAGUCAAGAGGGAACACGUGAUGACAGCCACGUAGAAAAUGUCGUCCACAAGGCCGUCGCGGACGAGUUCAGCAGCGAGAUCCUCACGAACCGAACACGAGCUUACCUGUCGUGUGCUUCGGGCGAAAUGGUAGUGAAGCUCAACUUCAGCGAACCCUUCCGAGGUAUCACCUACGUCGACUACGACAAGACGAGUCCCUGCAAGUUCUAUGGUGAUGGAAGCAAAUAUUAUGAGCUCCGGAUUCCCCUCAAGGGAUGCGGAACCAAACAGGAGGCUCCCCGGGUGUUCAUCAACAACAUCAUCGUUCGGUUUCAUCGGUCACUCGAAUUGGAAGAGGACGAAAUCAAGACCAUCAUUUGUAGAUACCCGCCACCGCUGGCUCCCCCUCCGCCAAGCAUUAUAGCUCCAGUAUUGGAACCACUGCCACCUCUACAAUCAGCGAACAGACCAAAGCUAUCAGAAGUGGAACUUCUUCUCAUCAUCUGCGCCUUGCUCUUCCUCACGCUUCUUCUACUAGGAAUCGGGAUUGCGUACUAUUGUCUCAAGAAGCGCAACAUUAAAGUGGUCAAAAAGAAGAAAGGCAUACCCUCAGCACCUGCUUCAGAGAUCACAAAACUCAGUGGCUCAACUAUGGGCACGUUGUCUAUGUUCGACCCCAUACGCAUUCCACGUGCUAUGGCUCUAUCGACAUCUGGUUCAGAAGCUGCCCUGCUCACACCACUCUCCGGAUCUGGAGGUGAUCGAUCUGAAACAAUUCCGUCUGACUAUCCCAGCGAGUCGCCAUCUUCUGGCUCUGAAGCUGAGGAAAUCCUUGAAACGCGAGACGUUAUGGUCGCUGCUGUUCCAGUCCAGAAGAGUUACGAUAACUCUGCCUUCAUCGCGGAACCUUAUCCCGUUGAUGCGGAGAGAGCUGAGUCGUUAUCGUCCGUUCAGAUUUCUACGGUGUACAAGCCGACCAUACCAAGGGCAAAAUCAAAGCCUUAUCCGCUAGACGCUGAGCGUGCGGAGUCCAUAUCUUCCCUACAGGAAAUACCUGUAGCCUUAAAGGCACAAAUGGCAAAGGAACAACAGCUGCACACGAUUGCAGAGGCAGAAGACCAGCUGGAUGCCGAAAGGCUAGAGGAGAGCUACGCUGCCGUCAGUUUAGAACAAGGCAGGCCACCGACCACGUACCGCAUUGCACCUCCAGUGCAGACACGCUUACGCAGAAAGGAAGAACCACGUCCACCUUCAAUAUACGGUAGCAUUCCUGAUAACGACAACCGUGCAGCUUCUGAGAUCAUGGAGAUUGUACCUACUGCCCGUCCACCCUCAGUAUCGACCUAUGCACCAUCUAUCUAUGGCAGCAUUCCAGAUAACGAUAUAUGCUCACAGUCAGAGCUAGAAGCACUGCCAGAUGUGAGGCAGUACGAGAAAAGACCUAAGCUCACCACACAAACGCUCACUGACUAUCUCAUCAAUACACAGAACCUCACGGAGGUUCAAGAGGACAUCACGAAGAGAAGGAGAGCUGUUCUUCACCGACCGCCGCCACCGCCAGCGUCACCACCGCCACCUUCAAGUCCUCCACCAGAGUCAGAAAUACCUGACACAUCCAUGUCAGAAAUCACUGCCAUACCAGAAAUGACCAUCGUGCCUCGUAAGCCCAAAAUCACAGUUCAAAACAUCGAUGAAGUGUUCGUCACAACAGAGCACGAAACUGUUGCUACCGAGCACGUAGUGAAGAGAACGAGGGAUACAACAGAACAGUUGAUGAAAAUACCACAGAGCCCACCACAAAGCCCGCCAGAAAGCCCACCGCAGUUGGACGUUACCAUACGCCACUACCCACCGACCAGUGGCGAAGCCACGGGUCGUCCUUCUUCGACAUCGCCCAUGCCAUCACCGCCGCCAGGGACAGCUCGAGGUCCACUUACCACAACUACCUACGAGACCACUGAUGUCAUCAAUGCGACUUCAACUACAGAUAUAAGAGAUAUAACGAGGACCCUUGAGGAAACGUCAACGCUACAUUACCAACAGCCGCCGAAGCCUUCUGUCGCGUCCAUCACAUCUACCCCCUUGCCACAGUGGGACGUCCUUGUACGCGUAUUAUCACCACCGACGAUAGAGGGAGUGGAUGAGCUCACGCCGGACGUAAGAGAGAAAUGGCGUACUAUAAUUACUGAGGACACUGUAUUCAGGACCCUCAUCCACGAAGCAACAACUGUAGAAGAAUACUACCGAGUCACACAUGACGUUAGGUACGAGACGUUGUUCGAUAGCCGAACAUGGGAUAUCAUCAUCAGAGUGUUGACAUAUCCUGAUUAUGUGUACCCGCCGAUACAGCCAGAACUUAGGCCGCCGAGGUACCGCAAAAAUUCUGAUCAGUUACCGCGGAGAAAGUCAUCGUUGCCCCCUGUACUGGGUACAGCAAUUCCGGCAGAUCUACGCUCACUUCCAGAGUCGUAUCGCUCAAACUCAAUCCCGGACUUUGACAUGAGGUCCAUGACAGAAAUCGACGUUGACUUUUCACGUUUGGAGCGUGAGUCCAUAGCGAGCUCGGAUACCAUGACGACUGGACGAAGCAUUAUAGAUCGAGCAACAUCGGAAUUCAUGGAAGACAUACCAAUCAUGGAAGGUCGACGUGAUUCUGUAGACAGUUACCUACCAGUUGUCGAAAGGCUAACAGCACAUCCUGCCGAACCUGGGUUCAGCGAUUUCGACACAGACGACGCAAGAAGUGACGUGACCUUUGAUAUCCCAGACCUCCCGUACGGAGCUCAAGGGGCCAGUAGGACAUUCGUGGAGAGGACCUCUCAUCAACUCUUACAGGACGUCCCUGGAGGACAAAGUAGGAUGACCUCGGAUCAGUUCAGGAUGCAGUCAUCAAGGGUGGUAACAAGCAGAGGUCUCGAAAGACCGGGCAGUGUAGAUGGCAGAGAAGAAAUCAAGUCUAUUACGGAGAAGGACGUUUAUGACUGGAUGAGGUGAUCGAGUCUCAUUUACAGUUUCGUUUUAUUCUACGAUCUUUCCCGAGCAAGACUACUGCCCCGAAAUGACGUGCCACAUCUACAGUAAAGUGCAUACCACAAGAACAUUACACCAGCAUGGCUUGUUGCCAUCUUUAACCCCAGUGACACCCACAGCAACGACGUGCUUUGUGUGCAGUGUGAACUUCAAUAAAACUGUGUGUUUAUGUGUCUAAAAGGUGAAAGUACUUUCGUUAACGGACGGCUUACUUCCGCUAGCCAGCUUCAAUUACUUCGUAGCUCGUCACUGAAGUGCUUCAGCCGUACCACGCAUGCAGGACACGUCAUUGAACAUAUGCACUUGGCUGUUACAAGUACAUAAGAGACUGUUGUCAGAUCGUGCAUGCGAUUAACCACGAGGCGAGCUGGUGUCCGUCGAAGUAUACAUAAUCGGCCUUGUGCAAUAGUUUUCUACGCGACGGUCAUUUUUUUUAUUAGCAUUUUUCAGCAUGCAGAGUCCACACCAUUUUCUUCGCAACUAGUCUGUGGGCAGAUUUUUAACCCUCCCCCCCUCCAGUUAAGAAACCAGCUUUUUCAUUUUAGACAAUGCGAGAACAGUAGAACUAUAGGUGUUGCACAUCAACGCUUUCUAAUAAUGCUAACAGAAGCGCGAGUGAAAGCACUUAUAAUUUAACUGUAGAUUAUUUUAUUUAUUAAUCCUGAUUUCUUUGUAAAAAUUGCAAAUAAAUAUGGUUAUGAAGAUCACAA